CGCGGCGCGGCCCCGCUGGGUCCUGGCCACCGUGUGCCAGGCGGGGCCGCCCGGAGCAGGCGGCAAGUAGAGGCGCGGCCGACCUGGGAGCGCCCGGCGCGGCCGACCUGGGAGCGCCCGGCGCGGCUUCGGGAGCAGAUUGAAUUGCAGACUUGAGGCUCUGGAUCCAACUCACACGACCGGUGUUUUGUUGUUCCUUAUGGUGUCACUGGUGAUCAUCCCUAAGAAGAGAGAUGAUGAGUGAUGCAAGUGACAUGCUUGCUGCGGCUUUGGAGCAGAUGGAUGGCAUUAUAGCAGGUUCAAAGGCGCUGGAAUACUCCAAUGGCAUUUUUGACUGCCAGUCCCCCACUUCCCCCUUCAUGGGGGGCCUGCGGGCACUGCACCUGGUGGAGGACUUGCGGGGCUUGCUGGAGAUGAUGGAAGCAGAUGAGAGAGAGGGGCUGCGCUGCCAGGUCCCGGAUUCAACGGCAGAGGCUCUGAUUGAAUGGCUCCAAAGUCAAAUGACUAAUGGACACAUAUCUGGGAAUGGAGAUGUAUAUCAAGAAAGGCUGGCUCGUCUGGAAAAUGAUAAGGAAUCUCUUGUUCUGCAAGUAAGUGUGCUUACGGAUCAGGUGGAGGCCCAGGGAGAAAAGAUUCGGGAUCUGGAGUUCUGUUUGGAGGAACACAGGGAGAAGCUGAAUGCCACAGAAGAGAUGCUGCAGCAGGAGCUUUUGAGCAGAACAUCCCUUGAAACUCAGAAGCUGGAUCUUAUGGCAGAGAUAUCCAAUCUGAAGAUAAAACUUACAUCUGUAGAGAAGGACAGAUUGGACUAUGAGGAUAGAUUCAGAGACACAGAGGAUUUGAUCCAGGAAAUAAAUGAAUUGCGAUUAAGAGUGGGAGAGAUGGAAAAUGAAAGACUCCAGUAUGAGAAGAAGCUUAAAACAACCAAAUCUUUAAUGGCAAAACUUUCUAGCAUGAAAAUCAGAGUGGGUCAGAUGCAGUAUGAAAAGCAACGGAUGGAGCAAAAAUGCCAGAUGCUAAAGGAUGAACUAGCAGCUUUGAAAGAGAAACUGGAGCAGAAGGAAGCUGAGGUAAAAAGAUUGCAAGAAAAAUUGGUUUGCAAGCUGAAAGGAGAAGGAAUUGAAAUACUGGACAGAGAUGAAACCUGUAAAAAGAAGUUAAAAGAUAAAAAUAUAGAGGUACAGAAAAUGAAGAAGGCGGUAGAAUCUCUUAUGGCAGCAAACGAAGAGAAGGAUCGGAAGAUAGAAGAGCUUCGACAGUCUCUCAAUAGGUACAAGAAAGUUCAAGACAUGGUGAUACUGGCUCAAGGUAAAAAAGGCAAGGAAAGUGACAGUGAAGACUUCUUGAAUGCAGGAUCAGUUUCCAUGGUUUUAUUGGACACACCAAGUCUGACUGACCCAGAGAAAAGUCCAUCCCCAACUCCUGUAACAGCAUCUCCAAUCCACGAUGAGUUUAACAUGAAUAUUCAUGAAGAGAAUUCCUUACAGAUCCACACAAGUGUUUUACAGAUUUCAAUCCCAUCUUUUUUGUCAACAUCCAAGAGCUCAGAAAUUGUUGCAGAGAAAGUGAAAACACAGCCUAGGUCAGAUCCUGCAAGUGAUUUGAGUGAAGGAAGAUCAACUGGUUCCUCCCCAGGAACUCAACUGUGUGACAGUCCAGUAACUUCUUCACUGCAGAAGUCCAGCAGUCUGAGCAGUUUGAAGAAGGAGACGUAUGAAGUGGACAGAGACCCUGCACAGAAGCUAACAGAGGUUAAACCUCCAAUGGAAGGUAAUAAUUUUGCAACCCUCCCUCCAAAAUCUCCUUCUCAUGGUGUCACAGGAGAUGAGGAUAGUUUUGGUACCCGUAAAGCCAGAUCUUCAUUUGGACGAGGCUUUUUCAAGAUAAAAAAUAACAAGAGGACUGCAAGUGCCCCAAAUCUGGAUCGCAGUCGAAGUGCAAGUGCACCUACUCUAGCUGAAACAGAAAAAGGAUCUGCAGAUCACUUGGAUCUGACUGACAUGCCCCCUCGACCAAAAGAAGCAGAUAGUUUACAGAUUACUCCACCUUCUCCAGAUUCCAAGAAAAAGGCCAGAGGAAUCAAGAAGUUUUUUGGAAAACUUAGGAGAAGUCAGUCUACCACCUUCAACAUAGAUGACAUGUCUGAGAUGGAGUUCAAAAGAGGAGGGACAAGAGCAACUGCAGGGCCACGACUGGGCUGGUCUCGAGACCUGGGGCAGUCUCCCAAUGAGCUGGACAUGCCAUUUGCCAAGUGGACAAAGGAGCAGGUUUGCAACUGGCUCCAGGACCAAGGACUAGGCUCUUAUAUAAGUAAUGGCAGACAAUGGAUACUGUCGGGACAAACACUUCUUCAGGCUUCUCAGCAGGAUUUGGAAAAGGAGCUUGGGAUAAAGCACCCAUUGCAUCGGAAGAAGCUUCAGCUUGCUCUGCAGGCACUUGGGUCUGAAGAGGAAAACAAUCAUGGAAAACUGGAUUACCACUGGGUUACCAGGUGGCUGGAUGACAUUGGCCUCCCCCAGUAUAAGACCCAGUUCGAUGAAGGAAAGGUGGAUGGCCGAAUGCUCCAUUACAUGAGUGUGGAUGACUUGCUGUCCUUGAAGGUUGUCAGUGUCCUCCACCACCUCAGCAUCAAAAGGGCCAUUCAGGUUCUGAGAAUAAAUAACUUUGAGCCUAACUGUCUGCGCAGGAGGCCAUCAGAUGAGAGUAAUGUCACACCUUCUGAGGUGACCCAGUGGACCAAUCAUCGCGUGAUGGAGUGGUUACGCUCUGUUGAUUUGGCAGAGUAUGCACCUAAUCUGCGGGGGAGUGGUGUGCAUGGGGGACUGAUGGUUUUGGAGCCACGUUUCAAUGUAGAAACCAUGGCACAAUUGCUGAACAUCCCACCAAACAAGACACUGCUGCGACGGCACUUGGCGACUCAUUUCAACCUCCUAAUUGGGCAGGAUGCCCAGCAGAAGAAACGUGAAGCCAUGGAGUCCUCAGACUAUGUCCUCUUAACAGCAACUGCCAAAGUAAAGCCAAAGAAACUUGCCUUCAGCAAUUUUGGAAGCCUGAGGAAGAAGAAGCAAGAUGAUGUGGAAGAGUAUGUGUGUCCUAUGGAACUGGGGAGGGCUUCUGGAAGUGGGUCAAAGAAGGGUUUUAAGCCUGGCCUUGAUAUCCGAGUGUAUGAUGAUGACGAUUUGGACAGACUGGAGCAGAUGGAAGAUUCAGAAGGGACAGUGAGGCAAAUAGGAGCGUUUUCUGAAGGCAUCAACAACUUGACACACAUGUUAAAAGAGGAUGAAAUGUUUAAAGACUUUGCGACUCGCUCUCCUAGCACCAGUAUAACGGAUGAGGACUCCAACGUGUGACGGUAACCACUAGGCACUGAUGAAGGCUCAGCUCACUUUCCUAUGUGCAAGAAACAUCAUUACACAUGACAGGCAGCAAAUCACGUACAUUACAUUGCUCUUGCUUCUGUUUGUUAGAAGUAACACUAGGAGGUGGUGAAAUUUUUUAUUUUUAUUUUUUAAAAAAAAGGUGCCUACUCUAAAGUUGCCAUAAGAAACACCCAGACACUGGUGAAUGAUAAUUGUUUUUACUAUAUUUAAUGUACAAACUGGUGGUAUGUUUCAGAGUGUUGCAUUUAAAUUUACAUGGUAUCAUAGUGCUCCUUUUGCUUAUUCUUGUCCUGAGUUAAUCCUUUAUACUGUUCCAGAAUAAUUGUAUUGUUUCUGUAGAUGUUGAUCAGCUUUCUCUAGGUUUUCAGUUGAAACAAGAUGUUAUUGCUAUCUGUUUUGAAGGCAUUUUUCCAGCACAAAUACUAGUUCUGCCCUUCCCAUGAUAUCUAAUGUAGGAUUUUAGUCAUCUGUGCCCUCCCCGGUAGCUCUUAAUAGUUGCUUUUAUUUUUAUACUGUUUUAUAAAAA